ACCAUGGUACAUACAUUCCGAUUUGUUAAUAGCUUUUCUAUAUUUUUUAUAGUCUGCCUCUGUAACAGUACCGAACAGAUGGAACCAUUUCAUUUCUGUGGUGUUUGUGUCAGCACCCAAGGGCUUCCCUAGUAGGUAUGGGCCAUAAAAUGACAACUUGGUUAUUAGAAAUUACCCUUGUAUGAACUUUUGACUUUAGAAAUCUUUAAAUAGUUUAAUGGGGUCUUACUAAUAAGGGAUGGCCAUCCCUUGAAUCAUUCCUUUCAAACUCAUGGCUUUCUUGGACAUCUUCUUCUUUCUCUUCUCUGUCUUUCCCCUGAUUCUUGCAAGAGAGGCUUGCCCAGUUUCCAGGUGUGGCAGCAAUGGCUCCACAAUUGGAUUCCCUUUCCACCUAGUAGGCCAGCAACACCAAAACUGUGGUUAUCCCGGGUUCAAUCUAAGCUGCGGGAGUCCAGGUAUAACAGUUCUGAGACUUCCUUAUUGGGGAGAAUUCUUCGUUCGCGGUAUCAAUUAUAUCACACAAGAGAUACAACUCUAUGACCCGGACAAUUGCCUUCCUAAACGACUUCUGGCCUUCGAUAUUACGGGUUCUCCUUUCAUGGCUGAGUACUACCUGAACUACACCUUCCUCAUCUGCCCCUCUGAGCUCACAAGGUUUCGGUUCACCGCCAUUGACUGUCUCAGCAAUUCCACAUCCUCGGUCUUAGCUACUUCUUCCAUGAGUCUUGUUAGUAAAAUGUCCUCAUGCCAGAUACUCACUACUCUAGCAGUUCCAGUUUCGUGGCCUGUUCAGAAUGAGGAAGACUUCUCAUCAGACCUCAACUCAGAUCUUCAGUUAACAUGGGAUGUGCCCAGUUGCGGAGACUGCCAAGCUCAAGGCGGUUCAUGCGGGUUCCAGAACAGCUCCAGUCUAGAAGUCGGAUGUUUCUCUACGCCCGGAACAGACAAUGGAAGCGAAUCCAGUGGUAGUCUCCGAGUCUUUAGGAUCAUUUCCUUGUCCAUUACCUUACCAGCCAUCAUAUGUGCUGUUGGGAUCGCAUUCUUCAUAUGCUUCAGUGACAGGAGGCGCGACCACAGCCGGGUAAACGCUGCACAGCAGAGCGCUGCUUCUCUUGAAGCGCCACAGGAGCCUGCUGCCAUGAUGGGCCUAGAUGAGUCCACCAUUGAGUCCUACACAAAAGUGGUUCUUGGAGAAAGCCGACGCGUUCCUGGACUUAAUGACAGCACUUGCCCUAUAUGCUUAUCGGACUACUGCACCAAGGAGACACUGAGGUGCAUACCUGACUGCGGACAUUGCUUCCAUGCUGAGUGCAUUGAUGAGUGGCUCCGGGUGAAUGGAAGCUGCCCAGUUUGCCGGAAUUCUCCAUCUCCUGUCUAUGUGAAUCCAUAG